UUGGAGACUGGUCCUGUUUGUCAGAGUUUGUACUUCUAGUGGGUAAAAUUAAAAACAAACCAAAGUGCGGUGAUUCAACCUACAGACCACACACUGUUAGGGGUGUGCCAUGACAUUAGGAGCACUCUGUGACGGGCGCAGUGUAACAUGGGAUGUGUGUAUGGGAAGGUGAAAGACGAGGAUUUCGAGGAUUCGGACCCGCGAAGAUUCCAUGUGCGGAACGUUGACGAUGACGGGAACGAACUGGAGGCCGGCGUGCUAGAGGUCACGGCCGGCGACCUCAUCCUGUAUCUAAAGAACAGGGACCCAAUCAGGUGGCCGCUGAAGUGCUUACGAAGGUACGGGUAUGACUCGAACUUGUUUUCCUUCGAGAGCGGGCGACGAUGCCACACGGGGCCGGGAAUCUACGCCUUCAAGUCGCGGGCGGAGGACUUGUUCAACCUAGUCGGUGCAAGACACGAUACAGGUGGCGCCCUCGGCGAUGGCGUCAUCAUGAGACUGAACUCCAUCGAUGAGGACACGCCCGAUGUGCGGUCCAGAACGCCGCUCCCCUCCUCGACGUCAUCCAUGGGGAUCCCGCCUCGCUCCCCCAGGAGGAGCCACGAUCACGAAUACAUUAACGGUAACAUCGACGGCGCGGCGGGAGAGUCUCACACGUACAUUAACACGACGGAACUCGAUAACGCGGACCUGACUCCGACGCAGGUGGAAUUCAAACUGGGAAAGACGCCCGCCCAGCUGAGGGCGGAGCGCGAGAGAAGAAAGGCCAUCGAGGGAGAGGUGAACUACGCCGACAUAAACUUGCCAAAUGCGAGCGAAGAAUCAGACACGAGUGGAACCCUCGUGAGCCCGAACAACGGAAACGUAACGGCGGUCAUGCCGCAUCCGCAAGAGGUCGGGUACGCCGACCUUGACAUAGAAAGCCUCGAAAAGGGUAAGAAUCUAGAACAGAACGACAACUUGCCAUCGCCAAACCUGAACUCUCUCCUGCUACCUGUGGGGCUCAAUCCCCACUACCAGAACGUGAACAUCAUCAACGAGAACGCGACGCGCUCGCGAAAGAACUCCUGCCACCGCCACAACUCCAUCGGAGACGAACAAAGUGCAAUGAACGGAAGCAUGCGACAAAUCCACAACUACGAGAACCUCCCCACCAAUGGGAGCGACGGCGAACAGUCGGGGAUUCCGAAGCUCAACAAGCGGCACGUGGUGAACAAGCUCCAUUACAUUCAGUUGGAUUUGGAUCAGAAUAACGAAAACAACAAUCCUGUUUCUCCGUCACCAAAUACGCCCUCCACGCCCAGAACUCCUUGUACGCCCCUCCCAGAAACACCGAACCUUAAAAAACCGGAGUUUGCGUACGCAACUAUAGACUUUGACAAAACGCAGGCGUUGUCAUUUUCCCAGAAUCCCCAGCCAGAAGACGACGGGGUUCGCAAAACGAGACAUAACAGCACAACAGUGUUUUGAGCGAACAAGAAUGUGCGGAUGCGAAUUUCAUGCUGUUUGCGUCAUGUGAGGUGGAGACUAUAUGGUAUGAAUCUGUUGCCACAAAUCAUGUGCUAAAUGUUUUGUGUGGGAAGUCAGGCAAUGGUAACAAUUCUUCGAUGUUCUUGUGAGUGGGAGAGAUUAAAAAAUUCUAAUUCCAAAGAGAUUCUAAGCAGAUUCUUUGCACAGAGAAAUGUACAGUUUAAUUCUUUUAUCCAAUUUGUAAUAAAGAUUGAUUUGUUGGAAGUAGAAAAGUCUUAGACUUGUCGAAUAGGUGGAAAAA